GAGUGAGAUGCUCUUCCUCCAAAGGGGAGGAGGAGCCCCCAUUCCAUUGCUCUCUGUUGCUGUUUCAUGUUGUUGUUCGAGCUUAUCUCUCUCGAUAUUUGCAAUAAUCCACUGAUCGAAGGGACUGUUCGUAAUGCUGUCGCAUACAAUCAUUAUAAUAAUUCGUCGUCGCCGUCGUCGUCAUCGUCUCGGCUUUUGACUUCAGGCCACUGUUGCGGAUUCCUGUCCCUUUGUGCGGCUUCGUGGGAUUCCUGCCGCAUUUUGUAAAAUUGUAUUCCAGUAGUCGCUUGUUGUCAUGGGCGCCGAGUUCAGACUUGGUCCUCCUCAUGGUAGUAGCGUUACUGUGGGGCCUCGUCCCCCGGAAGAGCAUGUUAGCUGGGGUUAGAGAGCUAGGGCAGUGAGUGCCGAUCAUUUUUGCGUCACGCGUAUCGAUUUGCAAGGGCGAAGUGCACAAGUUCUGUGGAAGUGAUGCAGACAGACUACACACAUUUUAGGCCCAUGCAGAAGCGUGAUUUUAAGAGUUGCUUCAGUGGAUUCGCGUGAUGAAAUGGCACUGUUUAAAUAACUCGUGUUUCAAUUACUUGCUGAGAUUACAUCCUUGAGGACAAUUGAAUUUGUGCCCACUUUUACCUCCACAACCAUGCAAUGUUAUAAUCAACGGCAUCACGACGUGUAGUUAAUAAUUCAAGUCGCAAUUUUUGUCUUCUUCGCUGUCGAUUAUACACCAGGCACCUAUUUUAUGUUUGGCGGAGGGAUGGGAAUUUAUCUUUGCUCUCCAAAGACUGACAAGACAUCCGAAGAUGAUGAGAAUGCCGAGUUACGCUAUGGUUUAUCAGCCAUGCAAGGGUGGCGCGAUAGCAUGGAGGAUGCACACAAAGCUAUCUUAAACGUUGAUAAGAACACGUCAACAUCAAUAUUUGGCAUCUUUGAUGGUCACGGAGGUAAAUUGGUGGCAAAAUUUUGUGCAAAGCACUUACACCAAGAGGUUCUGAAGUCUGAAGCGUACGCUAAAGGUGACUUAAAAGCAAGUUUGGAAUAUUCCUUUUUACGGAUGGAUGAGAUGAUGAAGGGAGCAAGUGGGUGGAAAGAGCUUCAAAGUUUGGAGGAAACAAGUAGUCAGCUUGAUAAACUCGGUAAUGGAAAUAGCUCCUCUAAUGCGAGGGAGGAUGACGAAAGUGAUUAUUCCUAUGCUGUGCUAACUGAAAGCAAUGAUAGUAACUUGGCCACUAAAAAGCAUAAAUAUUCAGAUUUCCAGGGUCCCAUUUAUGGGAGUACUGCAGUGGUGGCUCUGAUUCGUGGCAAUAAACUGUUCGUCGCAAACGCUGGAGACUCUCGCUGCAUAAUGUCUCGACGUGGCGAGGCUGUAAAUCUCUCGAUUGAUCACAAACCCAACCUAGAGCAUGAGAGGAAAAGGAUAGAGAGUGCUGGAGGCUUCGUCCAUGGUGGUCGUGUUAACGGUAGUCUAAAUCUUACAAGAGCAAUAGGGGACAUGGAAUUCAAGGGUCGACCUGAUUUGCCACCUGACAAGCAAGUAGUGACGUGCUGUCCCGAUGUUGUCGAAGUUGACCUUGGACCCGGGGAUGAAUUUAUCGUGCUGGCCUGUGAUGGAAUAUGGGAUGUUAUGUCUAGUCAAGCUGUCGUGGACUUCGUUAAAUCAAGAUUACCUACCGUAUGCGCUCCCACCAUUGUAACCAUCAUUUUAUCACAAACCAAAACUCUAUCAUCUUUGUGUGAGGAGAUACUGGAUUACUGCUUGUCCCCAACCACCCGCCAGCAAGAAGGAUGUGAUAACAUGAGCAUCAUUAUAGUCCAACCAAAGCAAUCGGGAGUUGCAGCAUCUUCUUCCACAGAUUGACGUUGAUGACCUUCGUCGGACGCUGGAGCUCAAAACUCAUUGUGGACUUCAACUUCUGAGUUCAAAGUUCCUUGUAGACUUCUUGUCAUGUCCAACUUCUACCUAAUUUCGAAUUUCAAAAGACUUAAAUAUAAACCUAGAUAUAGGCUGAUCAUAAAAUUUCGGGUCAAAGGCGUUAUGGUCUUCUAUUCAAAUAUAAGGUGAAUUAAUGCUAAAACUGGGAGUUGCCUUCUGCCUUCGAUAAAAGUUGGCAACAUAAAUAUGUAAUCUGUGAGCGAGGUAGGAGCUAUUCCUUUAUCUAACCCUUAAACUUUGUUCGAUUCUCAAGAUCUUUCAUUAUCAUAUUACCAACGUCAAGUUCAAUCUUCAAUUAGUCAUUGUGUUUUCAAAAUUGGAACUCUUCAAUUGAAUGAUGGAUUCAUUGGACUUUCUCAAAAGCCAUUAGAACCUAAUUCAAAAUUUGAAAUUAUUAACAGAACAGAGAAUGUGCCAAA